CCUCACCGCCUCACCAUCGAGGUUCGAUGUCAGGCUGCCUUGUCUGUCGCUGCUGUCACUGGCCUGCGUUUCCUCCGCAUUUGCACAAAUCCUUCGCUUAGCACUCGCUUCAAAGGCGAAGCGACACCCGCCCUUCAUGGCAGACGAGAACUCGGAGCGCAUCAUUCCGAUCCAGAUCAGCGACCCUGAUGCUGAGGGCGCAGGGACAGGCCCAGCUGCACCACCUGAAACAGCGGCUCAAGCCAAAGUUUCCGAUGCUGAUGCAGGCGCGGAGGUUAAUCACGCAGACGGCGCAAAAUCAGAGCAGGCGGCAUGCACUGCCAAGCGCAACGAUGUCGAGGAGGAGGAUGGCUGGGGUGACGCGAGCAUCAAGGCGCAUUCAGCAUCCCUAUUAACUCCGAAUAGCGUCCAACCUGAUGAUCAUUCGUCUACUUUGUCGUCCGAAGCUCCUUCUGCAUACAAUUAUGUCGAUGAUGGACAGGGUCAUAGUCCUGCAGCUAACACCAGCAGGCAAAGCUCGUCUGGCUCGACGGGCGCACGGCAACAGCAGCACGAACCGGUGCAUGUCGAAAUCGUCGAUGCACAAAAGUCCACAGAUGGACACACCACCUCGACGUUCAUCACGUAUGUGAUCCGCUCCGGCUCCCUCGAAGCCAAGCGCAGAUACAGCGAAUUCGAGGCGUUCCGGGAAGCGCUUGUCAAGCUCUUUCCCGUCAGCAUUGUUCCCCCGAUUCCAGACAAGCACAGCUUGGGUGACUACGCGGUCAAGCAGAGCAAGGCGAAAGAAGACGCAAUCAUCAUUGCACGACGGCGGAGAAUGCUUCAGAGCUUUCUGCGGAGAGUCGCAAAGCAUCCCACGCUUGGACAGAGUCAAGUAUUCCUUAAGUUCAUCGAUGGGCGGCAUCAGUGGCAUGAGAUCGCUGCCUCACCCCCGAUCUCUAUGCUCCCCAAGAGCAAUCUGAAAGCCCCACCGGCAAACCCGGCGGACCCAGAUGCCCCGUACGCAUAUCAAGUGCUCCCAAUACCGUCCUCCUCCGCCCAGUUGCGCGAACCAAAUCAGCGCUUCCUCGACAGUGAGGCGUUUACUGACCGCUUUGCUUCGCAUUUGACCGGUAACAUGGAGAAGGUCAACCGGAGGACCAUGAAGCGGUGGACCGAGGCCGGUGCAGACUAUGCCGAGCUUGGCGCAGUGCUCAACGGAUUCAGCCUCAGCGAGCAUGGAGAGCUGGCGUACGCGAUCGAAAAGACCGGUCAGGCUGCCGAUGCGUCGUAUGUGGCCACAGGGCACAUGUUACAAGAUUGGGAGAUCGCAUUUACAGAGCCACUGCACGAGUAUGCGCAAUUCGCCGGCGUCUUGCAAAAGCUGCUCAAAUGGCGGCACAUGAAGCAUCUGCAGUUUGAGUAUGCGCAGGAAGCCCUCGAAGCGAAGCGUGCUCAGCUUGAGGACCUCGAAAAAGUUGAAAAUGAAGCCAGCCGCUUGACGGGUGCGCUCGAGCGGGGUGGGCGGGCAGGGCUCGAUGCCGCGGUCGCCGCCAGCUCGCAAGGUGCCAGUGCGGCUGGUGGUGCCAGGGAUUCGGUCAAUGCCGGUGUGUGGGGCCGCAGCUCCUUGUACGGAGCUGCCGCCGAAGAACCCGACGCGUGGGUCGGUGCCGGAGGUGCAGGUUCCGCCUCAGAGCCCGCCAGUGCCGCUGUUUCUCCACUUAAAACUUCCUCGAUCGACCAUCCAAGAGCUUCCACUUCCUCGUCCCUGCCAUUGGCUGCUGCGACGAGAAGUUCAUCAGCUUUGAGGAGCAGCAAGAGAUUUUCCUCCGGCUACGGUUUGUUCGGAGCGCUGAGCCAUACAUUCCAGAGCGUCAUGGAUGUUGAUCCCGAGGCGACUAGGAGGAACAGCAUUGCCAAGCUUCGAGAUAGCAUCGCACAGCUUGAAGAGGCGCUCGCUCUCACGGAGAAAGACUUGCAGUACGCUACGGUGACGAUACAAGCAGACCUCGACCGCUUCCAGCGGCACAAGGUCGCCGAUAUGAAAGAGAUGGCGAUCGAGUUUGUUAAGAUUCAUCGGGAGUACUGUCGAGUUAGCCUGGAGCAGUGGAAGGAGGCCAAGGUGGCGGUGGAUCGCGUCGACGUGCCGCGCGAGAUGCCUGAGUCCAGUCUGGCGCGUCACCAACGUACAGAGGGUAGUGCACCACGUGGGAGCCUGAGCGCUAGAGGGAUGAUGCUGUAA